UUUCGCAUUAUAAAACAGCACAUUCUUGAAAUAAAUCAAUGCAAUCGUUGUUUCUAGGUAACUGCAGCUAACGUCCCUCUUCGAUCGAGGUCGAAGAAAUGUGACUAGAUGGAGAAUAAACUCAACAAAGCCGGUUACAAAACAUGUUUAAAGAUACAAAGAUAAGACUAAUAAGUACAACACUAGCACCAAUAAUACUAUUCUUAUCACAUUACGAGGUUGGAAACCCAUAAAUUUUACUACAGGGAAAACUAUUUCAACAAAACAUACAAUGUCAACAGAAGAAUGCAGCUUACAAGAAAGUAUAAAAUGGUUUAAUUCAGUAUCAAGGGGCAUUCAGUGUUGGUUGGUUGUUUUAGUAACCGAACAGUUACAUGCUAAAUCAUACACAAUGCAAAUCAGUGCUACCGUGUUCAUAUUGGUUCUAGUACUAGGGCAUAGGGAAGAAGUUAGUGGUGCCACUAUUGCUGAUCGUUUAUCUCCAAUGGCACUCAUUAUCGGUGGCACUGAUGUUGAGGAUGGGAAGGCACCAUAUCUAGCUGGUUUGGUGUAUAACAACUCUGAAACAUAUUGUGGUGGCUCGAUUAUAGCCGCUCGAUGGAUCUUGACAGCAGCUCACUGUGUAACAAACGUUAAUGUCACAAAUUUAACUGUAGUACGGGUGGGAACAAAUGAUAACUAUAAAGGUGGAUCAAUGUACCAAAUCGAUCGUGUUAUACCACAUGAGCGAUACAGUGCUAUAACAUUCCGCAAUGACGUUGCGCUACUUCGUCUGAAGACCCCAAUAAAAUUUGAAGAACACGUUGAGAAGAUAGAACUUAACGAGGAGCUCGUUCCGAUUAAUGCUACACUGACAAUUGUUGGAUGGGGAUUCGUUGGAUGGAACAAAGAAAACCCAAAACGAACUCAAGUGAUUAAAGUUCAACAUAUUGGUCUAAACCGUUGUCGAAAGAUGGCAAACGGUAGUGCUAUUUACCCUGAACAUCUGUGUACUUUUUCUAGAGCAGGGUAUGGUCCGUGCAAGGGCGAUUCUGGUAGUCCUGUGGUAUGGAAAGGGAAACAGGUUGGCGUAGUCAGUUGGGCAAUGGCGGGCGUGUGUGCAAUUGGAUUACCUGAUGUACAAGCCAGCAUUAGGUACUUCUAUGGUUGGAUUACGAAAACAAUGGCAGCUAAUAGUGGUCAUUGAAAUCUACAAAACUGAUAUCAGAUGUUAGGCAAUGACUGUAUCAAAUGCGCUCUUGUAGAGGUAAAUGAUAAUAACUUUGCAACCCCCUUUAUUGGCUAUAAUAUGGUAAAGUAAAUCUAUGAUGCCAUUAAGCAAUGAAACCCAUGGGACUCAAUUAGUGAUCCGAAAAUAAUAUUCAUAUACAGGGGAGCGCCGUUUAUCCGGGUACCUUUUAUUCGGCCAUCCGUUUAUCCGUGCUCUUGAGAAAUGACAGUUCAAUACAAAGGUGACAUUGCGUUCUGAGGUGGAUAUUUAAAAAUUCGGUUAUCAUAGCACAUGGGCAUAAAAAACAUACAAUACAUUGCAAAUUUCAAACAUUCUCAUUGGAAAAACAUGCAGUUAAUAAAAACUGGGUAAUUUUUAUCAAAACAUACGAUUAAUUUCCAAAAAAACAUAAGGAAUUUGUGAUUAAAUAUAUCAUUUGACUCAUUAUCCGUGUUAUUCGCAUAUCCGGGCGAGGUCAAGUCCCGAUGACCCCGGAUCAUCGGCGCUCCACUUUAUAUUAUUUGUCAUAGGUUUCACUACAGAAAAAUAUAACAAUUAAAAAUGA